GUCGGAUGGGAACACCGCUUUCAAAAGUUGGGCGCGCGCCCAUUCAGUCCUUCCAGCCCUUCACCGCGCAAGAGCCGAUUUCGGGUUGUCCUCCGAUAAUUGGCGUUGGCUGUCUUCUCACAGUCCUUGCCCGAACCCACCGACCGACCACAAACAACGGCUAUACAGAAAUGGCUGGCACCGGAAAGAGGAAGAGAGCAGCAGCCGCAGGCGGGGCCACCCAACCGGUAUGUGUCUCACAGAAAGUCGUUUUCCGCCAGUUGCAACGAGCGGAGCUGUGGAGAACUUGCUAAACAAACGUUUGAACCCCAACGUGCCUCCGAAGAACGAGGGGCCGAGCAUCACACCGGCACAAGUGCGCCAGCUUGCAAAGGAGGCCCUGGAGAGCAAGGGGAAGCUCAACAAUAUAGCACAGCUUCUGGAGCUAUGUGAGAGCGAAAACGAGGAAAUCGCCUACGCAGCGUUCACAUCCAUGCGACACGUCUAUUCUCGAUUUUUAGAACGAGGAGACUUGGCACGGAAUAAGAAUGUGGUCGAAGAGGAGAAAGAGGAGGACGUGAAAACAAAAGUAGCGACCUGGCUGCGUGACAACCGGACGAUGUACGUCCAGCUGGCGUACCGGUACCUGUCGCACACGGAGCCCGCGAUGCAGGUCGCGGCGAUGGACUCUCUGAUGAAGGUCGUGAAGGACAUGUCCGUGCAGUCCAAGGAAUUCAAGAAUGCGGCGUUCAACUCGGUCGUGGAGAAUGUGGUUGUGAAUGGGAAUAUGAGCGAGCAGUUGUUGCAGAGGAUUGUGGAGGAUUUGAAUCAGUAUGAUGAUGUGCGAUAUUACUUCUACAAGGACUUUGGGAAAUAUCUGGCUUCUCUGACUGACGGAGUUAGCACGGGAGCAGGGGUGAAAUCAGUCACCAAGCGCCGCAAAUACUCGAUUCCAGCAGAUAAGCUCUCCUCAGUGGUCAACGUCGGCUACCGCAUCCUCUCCGCCAUCCGCGACCCCGCAACAGACGACUCCCAACUCGGCACCUACUACUACAACCUCCCCCCCACUUCAACCCCCUCCAAGAAGAAAACCUACCCCCCAUCCUCCGUCAAAGAGCACCGCAAAGUCUUCAGCGACACCUGGCUCUCCUUCCUCCGCCAACCCAUGUCCGCCGACAUGCACAAACGCGUGCUCCUCUCCAUGCACAAACGCCUCAUCCCCUACAUGCUGCGCCCGACCCUCCUGAUCGAUUUCCUCGUCGACUCGUACGACCAAGGCGGCGCCGUCAGCAUGUUGGCCCUGAACGGCCUGUUCACGCUCGUGACGGAACAUAACCUCGACUACCCGGAUUUCUACACGAAGCUGUAUGCGCUGUUUGAUAAGAAUCUGCUGCAUGUCAAGUACCGCUCGAGGUUUUUGAGACUGGUGGAUCUGUUCCUGUCGAGUAGUCAGUUACCGUCGUACCUGAUUGCGGCGUUCAUCAAGAAACUGACGCGCUUGGCGCUGAAUGCGUCACCGGCGGCGAUUAUUACGGUCGUGCCGUUUGUGUUCAACCUGUUGAAGAAGCAUCCGGCGUGUUUGGUUAUUAUCCAUAGGGAGCAGGAACCGGGGGCUGCGGAGAUGACAGAUCCCUACCUCCCCACCGAAACGGACCCCGCAAAAUCGCGCGCCCUCGAAAGCUCACUCUGGGAAAUGCAAACCCUCAAAACGCACUACCUGCACACAAUCUCGGGCCUAGUGCGCGUGUUUGAGCAGCCGAUCGCUAAACAGCAUAUGUAUGAUAUGGAGGAUUUCUUGGAUCAUUCUUAUACUUCGCUUUUUGAAUCAGAAACACGCAAAAAGAUCAACGCAACAGCUCCGCCACCCGCACCCGCACUCGCGUCGCAUGCGAAAGUUGUUGGGCUGCUGGACGCCUUGCCGUCUACGCGGACUGAGACGCCUUUGUUUGUCAUUUGAGCGUCGGUGCGGCCAUGUUAGCGUAGCUCGGUUAUUGGCGUAGGAUGAAGGCUGUUCAUUUUGGUUGGGAUGAAGUGGAGUAGGUAGACUUUGGUGUAGGAUGUAGAUAGGCAUGUUGGGGUUUUCGGGGGGGUAAGUUAAUCAAUCAAUGGGCAUAGGGGGAUGUGGGAAUCUAGCCCGGUCUCUGUGUCUGUCUGUCUGUCUGUCUGUCUGUCUGUCUGUC